AUGCGACGCUGGGCAUACGCCCUACUCUUGUUGGCGCUGUCCAUCUGGACAGCGUCCGCGCUUGAGGUGAAGCUGGACCAAACCGAAGACAACAAGCAGCGCUGCGCGGGCAUGUACAGCAAAAAGGCUUGGGGAGGCCCGGUUGACCCGUUCAUCCUCGUCAAGUUCACCGACGUUGGCAAAGACAGCAGCGUUAAGGACCCGAUCGUCAGUCUGCUGAUCUUCGACUGGAUCGACGAGGAGUACAUCGGCAUUCAGCCUGAGGGCUCCUCCCAUAAGAUUGGAAUCUGCGAGCAGCAGUUCGUCGAUCAGGGAUACUGCAACAAGACGGAUAUCGGGCGGUUUAUCCUCGAGCCGGAUGCUGCGCAGCACUCGCAGAAUCUUAUCCUCACCAAGGCGAUUCAUCUCAAGGAUGCUAAGCCGAUUAAGUAUCCCAUCACUAAGACUGGCUAUUUCUGUGUCGUGACGGAGCCGUUUAGCGCCGACAAGUAUGAGGCAAUUAUCGAAUUCCGCAAUGCCUACGGCGAGCUGCCCGCGACACAGAUCCCGAAGCUGCCUUUCUACGGAGGAAUCACGAUUGCUUAUGCUCUGGUUUUGGCGUACGUGCAAUUUGGAACUGUGAAAAAUGUAGGGAUAAGGGCUGACGAGCGCAGGUUUUGGCUGUUUCUCUACUAUCAGCACCGUACGGACAUCCUGGCUGUUCAAAACUACAUCACGGCUAUUCUUAUCUUCCUUGUAAUCGAGAUGCUAAUGACCUGGGGCUUCUAUGACUAUCUCAAUCGCCACGGUUCCAACCUCGGUGCUAAGGUCCUCUUGGUGGUCGUUGCCAUCCUCAACGCCGCGCGCAACUCCUUCUCGUUCUUCCUGCUCCUCAUCGUCUGUAUGGGCUACGGUGUCGUCAAACCGACUCUAGGCCGCACUAUGAUUUAUGUCCGUUGGCUGGCCAUCGCGCACUUUGUCUUCGGCGUCAUCUAUGCCAUGACCUCGCUGCUGGUCAAUCCAGACGACGCCGGCCCAUUCGUCCUACUUAUCGUCCUCCCUCUCGCAGCAACCCUCACCACCUUCUACGUCUGGACCCUCAACUCGCUCAACAUGACGCUCAAGGACCUGCGCGAGCGCAAGCAGCACGUCAAAGAAGCCAUGUACCGCAAGCUGUGGUGGUGCAUCCUCGUCUCAAUCCUGGUAAUCUUCGGCUUCUUCUUCUUCAACUCCAUCACCUUCGCGUCAGCCACCGACCCAGAUUACGUUCCUUACCACUGGAAGACGAGGUGGUUCGUCCUGGACGGCUGGCUCAACCUGGUGUACUUUGCCGACGUAGCGUUCAUUGCCUACGUCUGGCGGCCGACGGCCAACAACAGGCGGUUUGCCAUGAGCGACGAGAUUGCCCAGGAUGAUGACGGCACGUUUGAGAUUGGCAAUCUAGAUGUCGGGCAUCCGGAUGAUAGUGAUGAUGAGGAGGCUAGGGUGGGCAGUAAGCCGAAUGGGAAUGGUGCUGCUGCUGUGGGUGCGGCGACGGGCGGGGCUAGUGUGGUCGCGCAGUCGAGUCAGCAGGCUCAGACUCGGACACAGGGGCAGCAGAGACAGUCGCGCGAGUCGUUGGAUGGGGAGACGAUUUUUGCGGUAGGUGAGGAUGGUGAUAAGUUCUCUUCGGAUGAGGAGAGCGACGAGGAGGGGAAGUUGGUUAAGCAGCAGAAGAGCAAAUAA